CAAAACAUGGCGCUGGCCCGCCGCGCUGCAGCUUCCCCGACAGACGACGCAGAGAGGGACAGACGGAGGAGAAGAAGAAGGAGAAGAAGAAGAAGCGGGUAGCGGCUCGUCCUGAAACCUGUUUUUACAAACUCUCUAUCUCUUGACACGAACAGAACUCCGCGUGCUUCGAGGUGUCCGCCGGAGAACUUUACUUGGAGCCCUUUUUGGAGACGUUUACGCGUCAGACCGCCGUGCGCGUAACAGAGAGCCCACCUGUCCCGACGAAGGGAGACUUCACAUUCCGUUUGUUCCAGGAUGUGAAUCUCCCUGAUUUACAUCACAUAACGGGGCCGAGCGAGCGGACAGGCGGGUGGGGGGUUCGGGGUCAGCGGACUGGCUCUGGGAGGAACAUGUGCGGCCCUGCGAGGAGCAGAACCAUCGAGGCUGGAGAGGACUGAGUGUUUCCAGGGGGAAAAAACAACAACUUUCUUCCCCUCUUCUCCACCGAGAGGAUGGAUGGAGAACAUUCUGCGCUGUCAGGAGUGGAGAGGGAAAGAGAGAGGCUUCCACCGAUUUACAACAGCUCCGCUCCUGCUGGUUUCGGGCGAGGAGCUAAGCAGCCGUUUCCGUCUCUGGGCACCUUCAUCUCCACGCUGAGCCAGAGGAGGGACGCAGGGGGGCGGGGCUUCGCUGGCGGCAUGACGGGCACCCUGACCAGCACCCAGUGGCUCAGACAUGGGAGAGAGCUGCCUCCCAUCUGCAGCGACGUUCGCCAGAAGCAGCGUCUCUCCAUCGACACGCUUCCCCCGGAGGUCAAAGCUCCGUUCCCCUGCGACCCCGUCAUCCCCCUGCGGACCAAGACCACCAAGGAGUUUCAGGAGGACAUGGAGCGUGCCGUCCAAUCAGGUGACUGGAGGGAGGUCCGAGAGUUUUACCUGACCACCUUCAACUCCUUCAUAGAAAUCAACGCUGCCUUCAAGCGAGAGGCGAACGGAUCCUUUAACACCGUGGACGACUCGGGGGUCAACGGAAAGUUCGUCAACGCCGUUUACGACGCGCUGCUCAGCACGCCUCAGGACAUCCAGAAGUCUGUGUUGAAAGGCAUCAUCAACAGCCUGCUGAGGGAGUGGAAAGGGCCUCGGACCAAAGACGACCUUCGAGCUUAUUUCAUCCUUGUUCAGAACCCCCAGUAUUCGAGCACCAGCACCUAUGUGAUCUACGCUCACCUGCUGAGGCAGAUCGCAGCUCUCUCCGAGGCCGACCACCACUUCCUGGUUCACUGGCUAAAAAAGCUGUCGGCAAGGCGUUUCAGGCAGCCGGUAGAGCGCCUCCUGCAGUUCAUCUCCACCCGACUGUUUCCUGCAGAACCGGACGAACUUCCACCUCUAACCAAGUGCUCCUGGUGGAUUCCCUCGGCCACCAAAGUGCUCGGCCUGUUCAAUGCAGCCAACAGCGUCUCCUCGGCUCCCAUCAUGCCUUUCACCGACUUCUACAACAUCACCCUGGAGCACAUUGACUUCAUGGAGGAGUACAGGACCUGGCAGAACUACGGCAACUCCAAUAGGUUUUCCUUCUGUCAGUUCCCCUUCAUCCUUUCAACGGUGGUGAAGAAAGCCAUCAUCCAGAAAGACUCUGAGCAACAGAUGAUCAGUCAGGCCAGGCAAAGUCUGGUCAGUAAAGUGUCUCGCAGGCAGAGAGUGGACAUGAACCUUCUGUUCCUCAACAUCAAAGUACGACGAGCACAGCUCCUCAGCGACUCACUGGAUGAGCUGACGAGGAAGCGGUGUGACCUGAAGAAGAAGCUGCGGGUGACAUUUGUCGGGGAGGCGGGGCUGGACAUGGGCGGCCUGACGAAGGAGUGGUUCCUGCUGCUGGUCCGACAGAUCUUCCACACGGACUACGGAAUGUUCACCUACAUGAAGGACUCGCGCUGCCAUUGGUUCAGCAGUUGGAAGUGUGACAACUACUCUGAGUUCCAGUUGGUCGGGACUCUGAUGGGCUUAGCAGUUUACAACAGCAUCGCCCUGGAUAUCCACUUCCCCCUCUACUGUUACAGGAAGCUCCUGACUCCACCCACUAUACCAUGUGACCAAAAUGCCCUUGUCGGCAUGGCAACUGCCACCCUGGACGACCUGCAGCAGAUCAUGCCGGAGCUGGCUCGUGGUUUGGGAGAGCUGCUGAGCUACGAGGGAAACGUAGAGGAGGACUUCUACCUCUCGUUCCAGGUUUUCCAGGAGGAAAUGGGCGUGGUUAAAUCUCACAACCUGAAGCCUGGAGGAGACAAAAUCCCCGUCACCAAGCAAAACCGGAAGGAGUACGUCCAGCUCUACAUCGACUUCCUGCUGAAUAAAUCCAUCAAUAAACAGUUCGCCGCCUUCUACCACGGCUUCCACAGUGUGUGUGCCUCGGAUGCGCUCAUGCUGCUGCGCCCGGAGGAGGUGGAGAUGUUGGUGUGCGGGAGUCCAGAAGUCGACAUGAGCGCUUUGCAGAAAACGGUUCAGUAUGAAGGAUACGGCAAGACGGAGACCACCAUACGGUGCUUCUGGGACGUGGUGCUGUCCUUCCCUCUGGAGCUGCAGAAGAAGCUCCUCCACUUCGCGACGGGAAGCGACCGCGUUCCCGUCGGAGGGAUGGCCGACCUGAACUUCAAAAUCUCCAAGAUCGACGUUCCAACAGAUUGGUUGCCGAUCUCUCACACCUGUUUCAAUCAGAUCUGUCUGCCUCCUUAUCGAACCAGGAAGGAGCUCAAGCACAAACUCACCAUCGCGAUCUCCAACGCUGAAGGCUUUGGCCUAGAGUGACCGGCCUGUGCACACAAAGACACACUUACUAUCACACACACACACACACACACACAUCUAGCAUCACCAUCUCCAACGCUGAAGGCUUUGGCCCAGAGUGACCGGAAUGUACACACAAACACACACUUACACACAUACCCCUACACAAACACACACACAUGUAGCAUUGCCAUCUCCAACACUUAAGGCUUUGGCCUAGAGGGACCGGCCAGUACACACAAGCACACACCUACACACACAAACACACACACACACAUGUAGCAUCGCCAUCUCCAACACUGAAGGUUUUGGAGACGAACAUACAAAAACACACAAACACACACUAACACACACACACAGACAAACUCCCAUAGAUUGUCAGUGACGUGAACUCUCCGUCACUAACCCCACACACACAUCACGUGGUUGUGGAUCAGACUUUGGAGGAAAGUGGAUCGUAAACAAAGAGUUCUGAUGUCAAAAAGUAGCAUUUACUGAAACGGUGUUCAUAUUUGUGUUGUUGUCCGUUUGCCGAUGUUCAUGUUGCUUCGUUCAUCCCCGCAACAGCUACAGAGAAACACUAGAAAUCCUUUUACUUGCACAUGUUAUGUGUUCUCUUUCAUUUAAGACAACUCUGAUUGAGACGAUGAUAUUUUAAAAACUUUUUAGACGUCAAUAAUGUCGUUUUUAAAAGAACGCAACGUUCAGCGUCAGCUUUCCAGAAGCACAAUUUCAGUCACGUGAAUAUAAGUUUAUAAUACUUCUGGUCCCAUAGCAUUGAAAACAUCAUAAUAAUAAUAACUUUAUUUAUAUAGCACCUUUAAAAACAAAGUUUUCAAAGUGCUUUACAGAGUGUCAAGGCAAAAACAAAUAGAAUGGUAAGAUAAAAAAUAGAACAUUUAAAAAAUAAAAUAAAAAUAAAAAACAGACAAACUAAAUUAGGAGAACCGAAGAUCUGCAUACAAGGACUACAUUGCUAAUAAGCUGUUCUAUAAAAAUGGGCUUUAAGAAGUAAUAAUAAUAAUCAAAGGCUAUUGAAACUUGUGUGUCAACAAACCAGGACACUACUCUUGUAAUAGGAUGCUGAUUUGCUCAGGUAAUUCUUAUGUUAUUUUUUUAGGUAUUCUUAUGAGCCUCUAUUUUAUGGUCCAGGGCAAAGUGAGUGAACAUCUCCACCGAGCCGGUUAGAUUUAAACAGGAAGUCAGGCUUCAAAUGACAAAAUGCUCAAAUUACAUGGAUUCAAUCAUUGUUAGAUAAACAAUUGAAAGAGAGUAUUUUUCAUGACACAGCAAUGAGUACAAAAAAAAAGAAAACUAAUCUGGACAUCAGUCAAGAUGUUCGUUUUUAAAAUGUUCCUGUUUUGUGUUAAAUCUUGACUUCACUGCGUUGGUGACUUUUAAAAUAUCUAUUUUAUGAAACUAUAGGAUUAUAUGUGGAGUAGCAUUUAGCUUUGUUUGCAGCACACUGACAGGAUAUAAAGCUAUAAAGCUUUGCUAUGAGACGAACGCUAUCGUUUUUCAUGAGAUAUCGAUUGUCUUGUGAAGUUGUGUUAUCGUUGUUAUUGUUGUUGUUUUGACAUUGCUGCCUGUUUUAUGGAACAAAAAGGCUGCAGCAGAAAUAUUUUGAAGUUUGUUUUGAAGGUUGUAAUAUUAUGAUACGGUUGCACCAGAACUGUCAUUGUUACAACCCUGUGAAUGUUUCGAGUGUCCUGUGUUGUCCUGUAGUAUCGUGUGGUUCAUGGUUGACCGUUAGUCGAGUAUCGUACCGACAGAGGAUGAAGCAGGAUGGGAAGAGAAGCCAUCUUCUGUACGUCCUAUUCUGGUAUUGGCAUGUACUCUAGGUGAAUAGUCCGACUGGCCAUUUGAAUAUUGAGAUGUUUCACCAAUCGGGGCGAAGUUCUGACUGGUUUAUGACAUGACUUCAGUGUAGCAAGUAUUUCUGGUGUUCAGAGCUCUGAGCCAAACCAGUUUUUAACCUAUGCUGAUAGGAGAAAGCGGACUGUGACGUGGUGCUAAGUGCAUGUAAACAAGUUUAAUGUGAAUCAGCUUCGGUCGCUUCAACAGCAUUGACAAAAUAAGGUUUGAUAGAAUCGUAAAGUUCUAUUGGAUCAUUUGCGGUUGACAAAAUGCAUCGAAGAUCCGAUUAGAUGGCGACUCUCGGCCUUAACGUGUAGCUCGCUUGAGUUCUUUUUGGCUUUCUGCCUGCAGCUGAGCGGUGCUGUUUUUGUCAAAUACACAGCAUCGUCUGUCGGGGUUGCCACGGCAAGAUGUCUAAAAUCCUCACGACUAAGUGACAAAGAGCCCAAAAGUUACCAAGCAACCGUCAAGCAGCUCGCAUCAGUCUAAUUGGGGGUCCCUCUCUUUAUACAAGAAUGGAUCCUUUCUAUGAAGUCCAGCGCAGCAGCAGGAGAGGCUCUGAGAAGGACCUCGUACCACAUUCACACCACGUCGGACUUAUUGUUCAAAACGAGCAGCUGACUAGAGGGAAAUAUCGACGUCCUCGUUUGCCGAAUACUAAAAGGACACAUUCUUUGGAAAAAACAGGAGAUGGUGUCGGAGGAUUCUCGGUCAAGUGGGAUAAAGUGACGUCAGAGGAGUUGUUGUUGUUUUUUUAGAUGUUCAUCUGACCCACGUCUGUUGUUUUUGUAAAAAAUAAAUAAAAAUGGGACCAAACUGUGUCGGGUUAUACAGUGGGACGGAGGUUUGAAAAUAGUUCAAACUGAUUCAAAGUGUUUGUUGAGAUGUAAUUAUUCCCACUCGUCGGAUGUAUGAAAGUACGUAAAAAAGUAGAGAAAGGUCAUGUUUUUUCUGAUGUAUUUUUUGUAUUAUUAUUAUUAUUUAACAAAUAUAAGCGUUCAGGUUUAUGUUGUGUACACUUAGUUCUGUCGUUUGGUAAUGCCUCUACUCUUCGUUGAUGGCCAUACUGUACAUGUGCUUCUCUGUGGCUCAAGUCAUAUAUGAUGUCUGUAUGCAGCAUUUCCAUAAGUAUGUACAGUAAAAUGUGGAUGAGGGGUCAUCAGUCUCUGCCAAAAGAUA